UGUCCACUAUUUAUUCACCUUGAAGAUUGAAAGAGAGAGACAGAGAACUAGUGAGAGAGCAUGGAUGAAAAACAGAGUAGUAUCAGUGUGUUAAUGCUGCCAUGGUUAGCUCAUGGCCACAUAUCUCCAUUCCUAGAGCUAGCCAAAAGGCUCACAAAGAGAGACUUUUUCAUAUACUUGUGUUCAACACCUGUCAAUCUCAAUUCCAUCAAGAAAAGGCUCACUGAAAACGAGUCUCACUCAAUACAACUAGUAGAGCUUCACCUUCCAUCCUUGCCUGACCUUCCUCCUCACUGCCACACAACCAAUGGCCUCCCAACCCAUCUCAUGACCACCCUCAAACAGGCCUUUGAGAUGUCAACCCCCAACUUCUCCAAGAUCCUCAAAACCCUAAAACCAAACUUGCUCAUUUAUGACUACAACCAGCCGUGGGCAGCAUCCAUAGCUUCUUUCCACAACAUUCCAUCUGUUCAAUUCCUAAUCUUCGGAACCGCCUUCAUGUCUUAUAUCAUCCAUACACUCAAGAAUCCUAGUCUCCAAUUCCCAUUUCCAGCCAUUUAUAUUCACGAGCCGGAGCGCGUUAUGGUUCGUGGCUUGAUUGAUGCUUCUGUCAACGGAGUCACAGACGGAGAACGCUUCCUCCAAGCCCUCGAGCAGUCUUGUAACGUCGUGUUGAUCAAGACUAUAUCUACAGACACGGAGAGGAAAUAUAUGGAUUAUUUUUCAGCUUUGGCCAACAAAAAGAUGGUGUCUUUAGGUCGACUUAUUCAGGAUCCUGUCAAUAUUGAAGAUGAGUGUACAGAGAUCAUGCAGUGGCUUAACAAGAAGGAUGAGUCUUCUACAGUUUUUGUUUGUUUUGGGAGUGAGUUCUUUCUGUCUAAGGAGGACAUGGAAGAGUUGGCUCAUGGAUUAGAGCUUAGCAAGGUGAAUUUCAUAUGGGCUGUUAGGUUUCCCAUGGGAGAGAAAAUUAGGCUUGAAGAGGCACUGCCUGAGGGGUAUCUUGAGAGGGUAGGAGAGAGAGGAAUGGUUGUUGAGGGGUGGGCUCCACAGGCAAAGAUUCUAAGCCAUCCAAGCACUGGAGGGUUUGUGAGUCACUGUGGAUUGAGUUCUAUUAUGGAGAGCAUGAUGUUUGGUGUUCCAAUCAUAGCUAUGCCUAUGAAUAUUGACCAGCCAUUUAAUGCUAGAGUUGUGGAGGAGAUUGGUGUGGGUGUGGAGGUCAAAAGAGAGAAUGAUGAAAGGGUUGAAAGGGAAGAGAUAGCAAAGGUCAUUAGAAAAGUGGUGGUGGAGAAAAAUGGAGAAAAUAUAAGGAGUAAAGCAAGAGAAAUGAGUGAGCAUAUAAGACUGAAUGGAGAGGAAGAGAUGGAUGGGGUUGCAGAUGAAUUUAUUCAACUCUGUAAGCAGAGGAAGUAGCACAAAUUAUUGAAUGAUCAUUCAAAUGCUUAGCAAGAAUUAUCUUUUCAUGAUUUGUAUAAUAUUGUAUGUCUAAUGGUACAAUUUAUAUUGAAAGUAUUUCUUUCAAUUAUUCUUAAUCCAGAAGAAUAUUUGUCUCUAAUGAAA